AAGAAGUUGUAACGUAGGUAAAAGCAUGGAUUUUGACAAGUGCCCGUGACGUCAUUGUCACGUGACUAAUCCAAUAUGGCUGACAAGUUGUGAAUGAGUAUUACCCAGUAUCUCCAUUAUUCACCGAUACGUUUGCGAACUGAAGUCGCCAGUUUUCUGGGUCCUACUCAUAACACGGAAGUGAGGGUAGGAUUCUGCGGGUAUCACCAUCCUUUUGGGUAUCAUCAAGUUAAAUUAGAUCUGACCAACACACUUCUUGAAAAUGUCCAACGAGGAUUCAAAUGGACAUCUGUACAACGUCCCUCUGUCCAGUGAUAGCGAACCAGGUGAAAAUAUUGAUAAAAACAAAGCUAUUGUGGAACAGGAAAAUACCAAAAAUGAUGGAUUUACUGGAACAACACACAGUUUGGACCCAGACAUCAACCCCGAUGAAGAGGAGGAGAAACAGAGACUGAUCACCCAGGUGCUGGAGCUGCAGAACACGCUUGAUGAUUUGUCAUCUCGUGUUGACACAGUGAAGGAGGAAAAUCUGAAACUUAAAUCAGAGAACCAAGUCCUUGGCCAGUAUAUUGAGAACCUAAUGGCGGCAAGCAGUGUUUUCCAGUCAACUUCGCCCAAAUCUAAGAAGAAGUAAAUGGCACUCCACUGAUGUGGAAAUCCUUUAUACCUGUGAUCACAAUGUGUACAGAUGCUAGUCAGACGGACAGAAUCUCCAUUGAAUAUUUCUGGUGUAUUUUCUACAGUGUAUUGUGAUUAAACUAUCAUCCGUAUUUCACAAAACUAGGACAGUUGGAUCAGUAUUUCCAUAUGAAGGCCUGAUCCUUGUAAUAGAGAAAUAUCUAGCAUAACUGAAAAUAUUCAGAGGAUAUGUGCAAUAAAGUAUUUUGAAAUAUUAUCAUGCGUAGCUCUGACAAGUUGUCUUUAUCUUUUAUAAUUUCUUGAAGUAGUCAUAAGCACUAUUGUAUGUAUAUUGCAUGUUGUGAUUGGGCAUGUGUACAUAUUUGCACGUUAUACUAUAGGAAGGGCUAUGGCUGUGAAUGUAAUAUAGCUUGUGUCAAUGACCGUCAUAUUAUGUGGAAUGGGACCUUUCAGGGGCCAUCUCAAACGUUUGUGCACUAUUUUUGGAAAUAGUGACUCCCUGUAUGUGAAAUUGAGUUCAAUGCUGGAUGUACUACUGUCUGAAAUUUAAAGUGGUAAAUUUUCUUAAAAUUUGUUAUGUUUUGUAAUUGCAUUUGAUAAUUGUUUGAUUAUCAGGACUUGAGCAAAUGCUCCAUAUUUUGAUUUUGUUUUCCAUACUGACCUAAUAUAUGCUUAUGAUGUUGUGUUGUGAUUAAUGUCUUUGUGGUAAAUAUUUUCAGUAAGCACCAUUUGCCGAGGGCAUUAACUUCAAGAUGUUUUUCUAUACUACAUACUGAUGUACUCCAUGAUAAUCAAAUGUUGUGAUCUGGCCAUUUUUGGUUUCAGACAAGAUGUUAAGACAAAUAUUUUCAAAGUACCAUAUCUCAUAUGUCGGGUAAUGUAAUGACUGGGAUUGUUUAGUUUUUCUUUUUCUGACAAUGUAUGAACAUUUUGUCAAGUUGGGUACUGAUUAACCAGGGACAAUUAACCUGUUAAGUGAUUACUUAUCACUUAGCAAAUACUCUCAUUCCAAUUUUAUGGUACCAAUUGUGAGACUUAAAACAUUGUUAUUUUCCAUUAUCACAACUUUUUCUGUCCAAAUGUUAUUGUUCCCAAAACAUGCUAAUGAUAAAAAGGUUGUCUGUAAGAACCUUUAAUCUUGAUGCAAUGUACAGGGAUUGUGAAGAAAAUUACAUCAAUUUGAGGGGGAGGGUAAAGGAAGAGCUGCUACUGCCAUCAUCAUAUUUACAGCUGUAAUCUUCAACAUUAAAGCAUAAUGAGAUCACACUGCCCCUUAUAGUGAGAAGUUGCAUCAGUCUGAAUGGUUUGCCAAGAUUCAUUCAGUAUAAAAGUAUUUAUGCUUGCCAAUACAGUGUACAAGGUUGAAUGUGCAUGUUAGCUUCGGCCGACAGCUUUUUUUAAGUACGGAUCUGUUUUAUGUCACUGUUUACUGCUUGGUUAUUACAGAAUUUGAUGAGUGUGUGUUAUCAUUUCUCCAUCUGUGUGUUCAGUUGAAUGGAUGGUUUAUUAUAUGUAUUUGUAUUUAAGUCUGUCAUGGUAUCAACAUGAAUAAACUGCUUUUCACUUGA